AUGUCGAUGGCCUUUGUACCUGACUGGAUGAGGGGCAAGACAGAAGUUAAUCAAGAGACUAUCCAGCAGCUCCUGGAGGAGAAUGACCAGCUGAUCUGUUGUAUCGUGGAGCAUCAGAACAAGGGUGGAUCGAAGGAGUGUGUCCAGUACCAGCACGUGUUACAUAGAAAUCUCAUUUAUUUAGCUACCAUCGCAGAUGCCAGCCCAUCCAGUACUUCAAAAGCAAUGGAAUGAUCUUU